AUGUGCGACAUCCUACGCAUCGGCGGCGAGCCGAUCUUCGACGAUCGUAUCGUCAAGAUCGAAACUCACACAUACAAUCCUUACGCCAAUACUACGUUUGGGAAUAGCGACGAGAUACGAAUUCCUAUACAACAGCAAGAUCUGUACACAUUACCGUGCGAUAGUUUUCUCUACAUAGAAGGUAGACUCGAGUCGAAAGAGUCGCCGAGUGCGCAAGAGGAAAUCGCGUCGGUGACGAGGCUGGUGAACAAUUGCGCUGCGUUUAUGUUCGAGGAGAUUCGCUACGAGCUCGACAGUGUGGAAAUCGAUCGAAGCAGAAACGUUGGGAUAACGAGUACGAUUAAGAAUUACGCGUCGCUGUCAGUCGAAAAAGGCAAGAUAUUAAAGAACGCCGGAUGGGACUUAUCGACGGUAACUCAUUCGUUGAUCAACGAUUUCAACUUUUGCGUACCUCUCAACGUGUUAUUAGGUUUUUGCGAGGAUUACAAGCGUGUCGUGAUCAACGCGCGACACGAACUUAUUCUGAUACGGGCGCGUAAUGAUAACAAUUGUAUCAUAUCGCGCGAAACGCAAGAACCUAAAAUCGUUUUAUUAAAGAUACAGUGGCGAAUGCCUCAUAUAUUUCCGCUUCUACAGAGCACGACUAAACAUUCGUGGGCUGUCAAAGCGGCGACGCAACUCGAAAAACCGCGAUACGUUAUCUUCGCGCUACAGUCCGGAAAGAAGAACUUUCUAUCCGAGGAGCCUUCCCUAUUCGACGAUUACAAACUAAAUAAUGUCAAACUGUAUCUUAAUUCCGAUUUUUAUCCUUACGACGACAUGAAUUUGGAUUUCGAUAAGCGCAAAGUCGCAGUGCUAUUCGAUAUGUACUCGAUAUUUCGAAGAACGUACUACGGAUGCGACAAUGACGAAGCGUUCUUAAAUCUGAAUAAAUUUUUAGUUUACGGCCCGCUCGUAGUCAUCGACUGUUCUCGACAAAACGAGUCGAUCAAGAGCGCCACUGUGGACGUUCGCAUAGAGGUUGAUUGCAAGGAGGACAUUCCCUCUAAUACCACAGCUUACUGUCUUAUCAUUCACAAUCGAGUGGUGGAGUACAAUCCGCUCACCAACGUUGUGCGCAGAAUCGUGUAA